AUGAGUCUGCUUUCAAGAAGAUUUAUCCGGUUGGUAACCUUCUUGCUGUUACUUGUAUACAUUACAAAUAUAAAUACAUCUACACCACACAAUGAUGACGAAGAAUACAUUGAUAUUGGUGUUCGUUUAACAGGUGAUGUGCGUGAUCAACUUAUAGCUGAUUUAAUUGCACAAGAAAGAGGUGUUCUCAGUAGUGGACAUAUUGAAGGGGUUGGUUUAUAUCAUUUUCAAAUUCGUCACAAACGUAAUGCUCGUUCCAAACGUGCGGCUGCCUCCCUAGUUGAACAGUUAAGACGUGAUGAACGAAUUGAAUAUGUAACCGUUGGUGAAGAAUUAGAGAGAAAAAAACGUGAUUUGUUUAGUGAUGAUAGAUUAAUAGAUCUUCUUAGCAAAUAUAAACAGAAAAAACAAUAUAAUGACGACGACGAUGAUGAACCGAUAGAAAUAGAUAGAUCAGUACUUGAUGUAUCAUUCGAUGAUAAAUAUUUUCCUGAACAAUGGUAUCUACAAAAUAAAGGACAAUUAAAUACACCAGAAAAUCAUGAUAUUAAUGUUGUUCCAGCUUGGUCAGCUGGAUAUUCUGGUAAAGGUGUAUUAAUUUCUAUUGUCGAUGAUGGUCUUGAUCAUGCACAUCAAGAAUUACGUGAUCGUUAUCAAGCUCGGUUCAGUUAUGAUUUAAAUGAUCUUAACGAUACUGAACAUGACCCAAGUCCAAAUAUGGAUGUUGCUGGAAAUAAUCAUGGUACUGAAUGUGCUGGAGCGGCGGUUGCUAAAGCAAAUAAUGAAUUAUGUGGAGCCGGUGUUGCUUUUAAUUCAGAUAUUUCUGGUAUUCGAAUUCUUGAUGGACCUAUUACAACAUUAUUAGAAGCUCGUGCUUUAACAUUAUUUGCUAACGAUACAGAUAUUAAAAGUGCUUCAUGGGGGCCAACUGAUGAUGGAACGAAAAUGGAAGCACCUCAUGAUUUAACUAAUGCAGCUUUAGAUUAUGGUGUUACACAUGGACGUAGUGGUAAAGGUCUUUUAUAUAUUUGGGCAUCGGGUAAUGGAGGUGCAUCUGAUGAUGAUUGCGGUGCUGAUGGUUAUGUAUCACAUCAUAAUGUUAUAUCAAUUGGUUCAAUUAAUCAUAUGGGCAAAUCAACAUAUUUUAGUGAAUUUUGUCCAUCAACAAUGGCAGUUGCUUAUACAGGUGGUCGACAUUCACGUACAUCGUACGAAGAUACUAUAUCAGUAGGUGUUAUUACAUCGGAUAUUCAAGGAGGAUGUACAAAAAAUUUUGCUGGUACAUCUAGUGCUGCACCCAUUGCUGCAGGUGUAUAUGCGUUAGUAUUAGAGGCUAAUCCGCAGUUAGGUUAUCGUGAUUUAAUGCAUAUUACUGCUCGAACAGCUCGAAUACCAAAUUUGGAUGAAACAGAUGAUUGGAUUAUAAAUGGAGCUGGCUAUCAUGUUAGUGAUAAAUUUGGUUUUGGUGUACUUGAUGCUGGACAAAUGGUUGCUUUAGCACAAAAUUGGACUAAUGUAUUACCAAGAUAUGAAUGUAUUUUUAAUUAUACGGGUGAUAAUGUGAAAUUAAAUAUUGGUGAUACAAUUGAGAUACCUAUUGAUGUUAAAAAUUGUAUCAAUAUAACACAUAUGGAACAUGUAGUAGCAAGAGUUUCAUAUGAUUUUCAUCGUCGUGGUGAUGUUAAACUUACACUUACAUCACCAAGUAAAACACCAUCGGAAGUUCUUUCAUAUCGUAGUAACGAUGCAAGUCAUAAAGGCAUUAGAGACUUUCCAUUUCUGACAAAUCAUAAUUGGGAUGAACAUCCAGUCGGUCGUUGGACAUUACGUGUAGAAACUCGUAAACCACAAACGUCUGAAUCAGAACAAUCAGCUAUGCUAUAUCGUGAUAUAGGUGAAAUAAAACAUUUUAGUUUACGUAUAUUUGGCUCGCAUCAGCGCGAAAAUAAGAAAGAGGACCAACAUGCAAAACGAAAUAAUGCAUUUGCAUAUGUUCCAACACAAAAUGAGAUUGAAUCAAUGUAUGAACGUGAAUUCGCUGUACGUAAAUCACCAAAUGUAAUGCUAAAACGUAAUUAUCAUAAGUUAUCUGAAGAACGAGAAAUUGAAAAACGAACAUCAAUGCAAAGUAGUUUUGAUCAAUCAAUUUGGGGAAAAAUUCGUGCAGUUAUAAAAGACGCUUUCAAUGUUUCUAAAUAUAUUACUGCGGGUCUGGAAAUCUAUCAUAAAGUAAUGGAAUACCUCCAUAAAAUAAUGGAUUCCGUUCAUAAAUUCCUUCCGGAAAAAUCCAAGACAUAA